GUUUGGGGGCAGUAGAGAGUGACAGCUUAAAAAAAUUGAAAGGAAGAAGGAAAAUUUGCUCUGAUCACGCCAUUGCUAUCCGCUGUGGAGCGGAAAACUUUCCAAAACUUUUAACCUUCCAGCAGUCCUGGAUUUAUCCGUGUAUCGGGCAGAGUCUAUCCUGAAACCUUGGAUAUGGCAGUUUCUCACUGACUGUGCCUGUCAACCAUCUCAAUCUCUGAGGAUUUUAUGAACGAACGUUAUAUCCCUGGACUUAUUUUAACGUGCUUCUUCGAAAUCGCCAGCAAGGGGUAGAAGGACUUUGGUAGAUAGCUACAUUUGAAAACUUUUACAAGAGAAAAUAAUAAUGCUGGGCCCUGUGGGGGUAUAUGCUGCAAAGAAGCGGAAGAAGCCUGUACAGAAAAUCCCAAAGCCCCCGCCCUCCGAUGGAGCAAAGUCGAACCCCUCGAAGCGCCAUCGGGAUCGGCUGAACGGCGAGCUGGACAAGCUGACCAGCCUGCUGCCCUUCUCGGAAGACGUGAGGGCGCGGCUGGACAAGCUGUCGGUGCUCCGACUCAGCGUUGGCUACCUGAAGGUCAAGAGCUUCUUCAAUGCGACCAUGCAGAAGGGCAGCACGGGCUGGCUGGGGGACCGAAGCUUGGUCUUUGGCGGGAACGGGCACAGCGUGGCUUCCAUCGAUGGCGUCACUUUUUCAGAAGGGGACCUCCUGCUUCACGCCCUGAAUGGCUUUGUCCUGGUGAUCACGGCUGACGGAUACGUGUUCUACUCCUCCCCCACCAUACAGGACUACCUGGGCUUCCACCAGUCUGACGUUGUCCACCAGAGUGUGUUUGAGCUGAUCCACACCGAUGACCGCGAUACGUUCCGGCGCCAGCUUCACUUCGCCCUCAACCCCAACCGAGCCAGCCCGGACCAAGGAGGGGACAAUUGCCUGACAAGCAUCCAGUGCAACAGUGAACUCACCACCAACGCUGUGACCUAUGACCCCCAACACAUCCCCCCAGAGAACUCCUCAUUCCUGGAAAGGAGCUUUGUGUGUCGGUUCCGCUGUCUCCUUGACAACUCCUCUGGCUUCCUGGCCUUGAACUUCCAGGGGCGACUGAAGUACCUCCACGGCCAGAACAAGCUGUCCGAGGACGGGACCGUGGGGCACCCCCAGCUGGCCCUGUUCGCCAUCGCCACGCCCGUCCAGCCCCCCUCCAUCAUGGAGAUCCGGACCAAGACUCUCAUCUUCCAGACAAAGCACAAGCUGGACUUCACACCUUUGGGCAUUGAUACCAGAGGGAUGGUGGUUUUGGGGUACACAGAAAUUGAGCUGUGUCUGAGAGGCUCGGGAUACCAGUUCAUUCACGCGGCAGACAUGAUGCACUGCGCGGACAACCACAUCAGAAUGAUAAAGACCGGCGAAAGCGGUUUCACGGUCUUCAGGCUCCUGACCAAGAUGGGAACAUGGGUCUGGGUCCAAGCCAAUGCCAGGCUUGUGUACAAAGGAGGAAGGCCCGACUUCAUCAUUGCCCGCCAAAGACCGUUGACAAACGAGGAAGGUGAGGACCACCUGCGGCAAAGGAGGAUGCAGCUCCCGUUCAACCUUGCCACUGGUGAGGGUGUCCUGUACGAAACCGGCCCCAACCUGGACUUUUCCGUAAUGCCGGGGAACAGCAAAGCUCCUAAAAUCCGGAAGAUGCUGGACCAGAAACCCCUGGACCCCGACUCCCUCCUAGGCUCCCUGCUGAAGCAGGACCAGUCGGUCUACAUCCAGCCCCCUGACUCUGACCCUCAGUUCUCCCUGGAAAAAGUUUUUAUGGACAGCCAUCCCCUGUUCAAUGUUCCCAGUGACAGCUGGAAGCAGGGGAUGGCGAAACCCAACGGCACGGUCAAGGAGGAGUCGCCGAUGCAAGCGAUGAUGGACACGCUGGAGCAGAUAAUAGGCAACCGUAACUUCUGCUCUUCCCUGGAAGAGCUGGAACCAGCAGAGCUGCAGGAGUGGGAAAACGCCCUGCUUAGCAUGAACACCAACACCAAUGACAUCACAGCGGGGUUUGACGACAUCCUCACCAAUGACAUCUUCUCCUACGUGGAAGAGGCCCUCUUCAGGGAGAACGGUGUGACUACGAGCGCAGGCAGGCCCGAGCAGCUCGCCGCCAUGGAAACUGCCGCUGCGCGAGACUUCCCUGCCAAUCCACUCGUCGACCCGGGCACUUUGGUGGGAGUGCCAAACGCCUUGUCAGAGGUGGAGUUACCGGCCACCACGAUACCUGGAAACCAGGGCUUUAACCAGCAGAACUCGAUCCUUGGUGACCAGGUAGUGGGGGAUCCCCAGGCUAAUUUCUUGGGAGUCGGAGGCCAAGGUCUGCUGGGGACAGGAAGUGAGGUCAGAGGCGCGCAGAAGCUCACGCACAUGGGCCCUCCAAUCCAAACUCAGAUGCAGCCCAUUCUGCAGCAGACACAGUCUAAUGAUGUGUUCACACAGCCUCUGAUGCUCAAUGAGCUCUGCGCUCAAAAUGGCCUCCUGAACUUUGACCUUACCUCUGCCGGGUCCUGUGCUCAGACUACCAGCCAGUCAGGACAAGGCCCUCCUGUCUCACAGACCAAUCACAACCCCAGUAAAGUCAACGUCCUGGGACUGUGUCCCAAGAAACAAGUACUGUCUCCUCUUAACACCACUAGGCAGGUCCAUCCCAACCCAAUGACUCUUCCCCUCCAGAACCAAAUGCACUUGGGAAUGUCAGUCCAGCCAGUGGCAUGCCAACAGAAAAAUUCCAUCAACCAAUCAGACCAGGCAGCCACGAGCCAGGAGGGCCAAUGGGCUCCCUCCAUCCCCAGCGUUGAUUUUGCAGACAACCUGCCAGAGGCCUGUGCCCCAAACGUUCAGCCGGGCCUCCUCAAUCCGUCACUGUCCACCUGCCUUCAAGGACAGUUUACCCUGCAGACCCAGAACAGUCAAAGGGUGCCGUCAUGGCAACAGCAACAGCAGCCGCCUCUACCUUCUGAAACCCCAAACGGACACCAGCGCCUCCCCGGCGGUUUGAGCCAGUCCCAGGGCUUCCAGAGGUCACUUCCUGUAGGCUUCCUGCAUCAGAACCCGCAGAACUUCAGGGUUGGCUACGCGACCCAAAAGACCCCCGUCCCGCCCCAGACUGUGGUCAGCAGCUGCAUGUUCGAGAGCGGCAACCCCCCCGCCAACGGCAUGCGCUUCGGCGACGUGGGGGCGCUGGUGGGCUCCCCCUGCCCGACCCAGGUGCAGCCCUACAACCAGAGCCCCCCGCAGGCGACCUGCUACUUCCAGAGGAACGGCAGCGAGCCCGUCGUGGGCUCGUCGGUCAUCGCGCAGGGCGACGCCACCAUCAGCCCGCAGACACGCCCGAUCCCGCACGCCUUCGCUCCGGACGGCCUGCUGGCCCCAACAAAUUAUUUGAGCUGCAGCGAGCAGACGCAGAUCCCGGGCCAGCCGCCAGAGGAAAAUGGACAUUUCUCCUUCCCUCCUCUCAACAAUGGAACCACAUAUUUUUCCGAGAACAAUCAAACCAACUGUUGUGACUUCUAGAGGGGCGGGGAGCGCUGAAACGCGGAGGCGCUGAGAUUUAGCACUCCUCCGCAAACGAGGAAAAAAAAAAAACGUUCCCGCGCUCGUGUCCGCGUCCCUGGAAUUUCUCCCUCUUCCAGAUUUUGGCCAUGACCCCAGUGCCUCCUCGUCUGUAACACCCGUAGACGCGGACACGAGUCAGCUUUGGCCCGCCAGCCGGUGGUUUUGGUAAGAGAGACACUGCAAAAGGACACUGGCUGGAGCUCUAAACCAGCACGACGUGCCUCGUGCGAUUCGCUUCCCCCCCUUUCGUUUUGUCUGGAGCGACACAGCAAGUCACAAUGGAAUAUAUUUAUUGAUUUUUUUGUUUGUUGCUGUCAUUAUUUUUGCAUUGUUCCAUGUUAUUUGUGUCAGUUUUUGUUUCCGCGGAAACGUUUGAGCGGAGUUGCGUAAACCAAUAGCAGUCAGUGUGGUAGCAGUCGAGUUCAUCAGCUGUGGACGGUGGUCUUUUUGAGGGCGUCGUGCCACGCGAAAUUUUCCGCAGGUUUCCCGACGUCCGUGGCGUGUGAAUUGGCUUGUUUUGUGGACGCAGUGAAUUGGGUUUGCCGCCUCGAUGGUGUGAAGAUUACGGAAUCUUUGUAGGCUGUGGCGCAGCGUUACUUCCUCGGAAAUGAACGACCAGGAUAAUGAAGUCAGGAAGGAGGGUUCGGAGUGUGGGGUUCCUGGGAAUUCAUCAGGAGAGAGAGGUUUCUUCCACUUGCACGUCAGAAACCCCUCCAGACUGUAGACGUCCAGACGGUAGCGAUAUUAGCGAUUGGGGAUGAAAUCAGGCCGCGUUAGCGCCCUGUAAAUAGAUUCUAUGUGCACUUACGACUGGGAAGUGAAAGGCCACUCCUAGAAAGCCUGUUCUAGAACAUUCAGACAUGCUUCGGGACUUUGGGAAUCCACAUAUGUAAAACUGAAUGUUGUUGUUUUGCGUACAUACAGUUUAGUGUAUAUAUUGCACACACACAUACGCACACGCGCACACACACAGAACCAAGAAGUUGAGGUAAUUCCCAGGAAUCCUGAGGAUUUUAAAGUUCACAUUGGUUCCGCAGUGAUUAUAUGCAGUAACUCUAAGGAGGGGGGGGAAUUUGUUGCAUUGGAAGGGUGGCCCUCACAGGAGCGGGGUUCCCCACACUGGGGUCAUCCCGACUAAUGACCUUGUUCUUAUCCCGAACUUCAUUUCUUUUUUUUUUUACUUCUCAAAUACAAUAUUAUAACAGCCUAUAUUAAUCAAAUUAAUAUGAUAAAGGAUAUCAUGUAUUCACCAAGCCUUGUCUUGUUUUUAAAAAACAUGUAUUUUAUAUUUUUAUAAGCAUUUAAUCGAAAUUAUUAACAUGUCGUUGAGCCAUUCUUUGUUUUGUGUCGUAUUUUCCCGGCUGCUUGUCAGUCUUAGGCGUCAUUGUCCUCUCGCCUUCCUCUUUACACCUUCAGAUAACUAACACUCUGUAAAGAAGUUGCUUCUUCCUUUUAGAAAUGCAGUCUCCCUCAUAUUCUGAAAUAUUCGAUCCUUGCGCCUUGAGAAUCGCGUUGCGUUGUGGGACGCCAGUUGCAGUCUCUCGACAAACUUAUUGGAGCUUUACACAUUGGGCAGCAUUCGCUUUGGCGGACGUCAAAGCGGACGGGCAGCCCAUGGCGGACCAGGGCCUUGUCUGAGCGUCCCCAGCGGACCGGGGCCUUGCCCGAGGGUCCCCAGCGGACCGGGGCCUUGCCCGAGUGUCCCCAGCAGACCAGGGCCUUGCCCGAGUGUCCCCAGCGGACCGGGGUCCCCAGCGGACCGGGGCCUUACCCGAGUGUCCCCAGCAGACCGGAGCCUCGCCCAAGUGUCCCCAGCGGACCGGAGCCUCGCCCAAGUGUCCCCAGCGGACCAGGGCCUUGCCCGAGUGUCCCCAGCGGACCAGGGCCUUGCCCGAGUGUCCCCAGCGGACCAGGGCCUUGCCCAAGUGUCCCCAGCAGACCGGGGCCUUGCCCGAGCGUCCCCAGCGGACCAGGGCCUUGCCGAGCUCUCGUUACGGCUUCAUUCGAAAUGGCCGCUCGGUGGCUCUCUCAGCAGCUACGAUGACAGAGGAGACGCAGCAGCAAUUCCCUUCAGUUUUAAGGCUUGUUUUGUAUUCUGUGUUAUAAAUGUGAAAGUAUCAUUUUCCCUCCUGUUUUCUGCGCCAUGUUUUUUGCAUGACCGGUCGUGCCUCUCGAGUUACUGCUGUUGCGAUCUCACUUGCACUAUCCCCAAGAAGCACAGACACCUCACCUCUGCACUCGCCCCGCUAAAACACAGACUGCUUCCCUCCCCACGGGCCUGACGCACGCGCUCAUAAAAACACACACAUGCAUACAUCAAACACACGUACACGCACGCACACAUACACACACAUACGUUUAAGUCCCACCUAUGUCAUCAGCCGACUGUGGGAUGUAAUGGCAGUAUGUAAAGGCGAGAAUGUAGCGGCAGGAUGUAAUGGUGGGAAUGUAAUGGGCUUCAUGCAUGUAAAGUGCUGUAACUAGCUGUAGAAUAAGUGCAGUACAUCUGUGUCUGACUGCAGGAUUUUCAUGGUUCUGUGUCCACUUUCCCUAAAGCUAUAAUGCAAUAUAUGCCCAAUAUUUAAAUAGGUAUUGUGCUGUCUGUUGGACAGUACAGCUUAGAAUGUUCCCCCAAUAUUUAGUAAAUGAACCUAACUUUACGAUAAGAUUUACUACUAUAGUGAACUAUGACUGACUGCAUUCUAAUGGGAAAAAUGAAUCCAAACAAACAUCACUACUGUCUUUAAUCAGUACAUAAAGUGGCCUUGUACAAUGUGAGGUAUCGUGUUGCUUUACUCUAAGGCAUGCACGGUGGAUUGGGGUGCUGCAUUUGCUCCCAGCAACCAAAGCAGACUUGUUUGACAUUUUUUUCCGUCUACGUGUUUUUCCUAAUCAUUGAUUACCAUUGGUUUUUGCCUACUGCAAAGGGACAUCCAUUGUGCUCUACAAUGAAGAUUCAAUGACCGUAACAUGGCAGCUAUGCUUUAAGCCCAGCGCAAUUAUAAAUGUGUACACCUUAGAAGGUCACAUUCAUUCAAUUUUGGGACUUUCUAAAAAUCGUGAUGGAUUAUUAUAUAUAUUUCUAAUACAUUACACGCACCAUGUGCCUUGGUUUCCAACUGGCAAAUGAAAUGAGAGAUGUGAAAUGGCUUUUUGCAUGUCUCUGAAAGUAUAAGUGAGAGAUUGAGGUUGUCGAGAUGUAGGAAGACUCACUUAGUACGUUUCAUUGGAACUCUGUGGUAAGGUGUGAGAGCGUGAAAUAUGAUAAAAUAUAACCAUUUUACAUUUAACUUCAGUUGUCACUCUGAAGAUCAACACCCCAGCAACAACCUACAUGUGGCUUUUUUUCAACUGUUACUUGCAUGCCAAGACAUUUUUACAUAUAAUUUAAAGACUUUUGGGGUUAUUUUCAGGAUUACAUUGCUCUUAUAAGCAACCUAGUGCAAAGUGUUGUUUUGGUUUAGAAAGUCUGCUUUAAAAAAAGGCUGAGAAGAUGAUGGAAUCGAUGAUGGCAUGUGAAUAUCGAUAAAGGUGAAGGUCUUGUUUUUUUACUAAAACCUAAGAAAUCGGUUUGCUGAAAUGAUGAUUGAAUGUGAAGAAAGGAGAUGGAGGACACUUUAAGAAUUUGCACACCUUCCUUGAAAGUAUCAGUACCGUUAAGUACUGUUACUACUUCCUGUAUUGUUACUACUUCCUAUAUAGUUCUGUCCUACUUCCUAUACUGUUAACUACUCUCUGUACUAUUAACUACUUCUUGUACUGUUACUACUUCCUGUUUUUCUCCAAGAACCCCCAAACUGUCAAGUACUGACAAGUGACUUUUGAAACAAGUGCCCUUGUGUGAAUGUUGUGGCCUGAAACAGCUCAGUAUUUGAGUGCCAGGCUUUUAGAUCACUGUGAUCUAUUUGGACGUGUGGAGAUCUAUUCUGCCAGCUCUCUAACUGAGAGACUUUUCAGCUCGCUUUUUUAUUAAUGGAAGCAGCAGCAGCAGCUACAACCAAUAUUAUUUCCUGUAUUUGUCAUGGUUUCUGUGUGAAGCCGAGUCUACUCUUCUGAAAAUGCAGUAUCAGUGUAUUAUGUACAGUUUUUUGUAUUUUAUUAUUGUGUUUUAGUGCUUUUAAUGUUUGUAUCGCUUGGCCUUUAAAAGGCCUUCACACACCGUAUACUAUUUCAUACGUUUUUCAUCCCUGAUUCAUUUAUCUGCUUUUUAUUGCCAUGUUGUUGUUUUUUUUGGUUUUUUUUUAAAUACAGUACAUAUCUUGUAGCUUCAAUGUUCUCCUACUUCUACAUUGUUAUGUUUCAUCUUUGUACCAUUAAAGAGGUUUUUAAUGACUUGUGAAA